AUGACUAACCUGCUGUCCCAGCAGGAAUUAAUAAAUGUCACUUUCUCUACAGUCAUAAGCAGAUGUUCCCGGUACAUAGUGCUGGGAAUCAUGAUUGAUUUGAGGAUACUGAAAACAGGAAAGGCCAAAAGAAGAAAUUUGUCUGCUUCCCAUUCAGAAAUGACCACUAUGAGUUAUGCAUGGAUAGUUAUCAGUCAAUUGAACGUGUGGUUUGCCACCAACCUCAGUAUUUUCUAUUUCCUGAAGAUAGUAAAUUUUCCCCACUAUAUACUAUUCUGGUUAAAACGAAGAAUUAAUAUAGUUUUUCUCUUCCUGGUUGGGUGCUUGCUCUUGUCAUGGUUGUUUUCUUUCUCAGUGGUUAUGAAGAUGACUAAAGAUAGUAAAAUGCUGUAUGUGAACACAUCCUGGCAAUUCCACUUGAUGAAAAGAGAGUUAGUCAAUAACUAUGUUUUCACCAAUAUGGGAGUAUUUUCAUUCUUUGUGAUAAUGUUAACUGUAUGUCUUUUGUUAAUCAUGUCGCUUUGGAGACACAACAGGCAGAUGCAGUUGAAUGGAUCAGGAUUCAGAGAACUCAACAAAGAAGUUCAUGUGAAAGCAAUAAAAGUUUUGCUGUCUUUUAUUAUCCUUUUCAUAUUGCAUUUCAUGGGUAUUGCCAUCGAUGCAAUAUGUCUGUUAAUCCCAGAAUGCAACCUGUUAUUCAUGUUUGGUUUGACAAUUACAUUCAUCUAUCCCUGCUGUCACUCGUUUAUCCUAAUUUUAGCCAACAGUAAACUGAAGCAAGUUUCUGUAAAGAUGUUGCAACAAUUAAAGUGCUCUGAAAAAAGAAACUGUGUCAGAGCCACAUGA